GUGAAGGUGACGAUGAGAUGCUGUCAUCUAAAUUGUCAUCAGAAGGUCCAUGGAUUUGGUUAUAUACGUAGGUAGGUAGCGUAGAUGGCCAAUGCAAGAAUGGUGUUUAAUAAUUAUGUUCAUCAUUCUUCAAGUAUUCCGCCAGCGUAAUACCAAAAAAUGUUUCGCCAGCCAAUACGUCUCGCCCGGUUUGUACGACCCCCAGUAAGGGUCUACGCCCCAGCACCUUCACAUGUUCUUAGACGCACGUUCGCAGAGCAUCAUUUCCCCGGCAACAAAGCCGAAUCCCUCGAGCACAGCCAAAUCUUCAAAAUCAGUCAGGCUAUCCAGCAAGACCAUAGUGAGCUGGAAGAGUACUACCGCCGCAUUAUCAACUCCAAGGAUCCUGAUGAGCAGUUGAGAUUUCAGAAUGCCUUCAUUUGGGAACUCGCACGACAUGCAAUUGCCGAGGAACUCGUCGUAUAUCCCGUCUUAGAAGAAGCAGUUGCUGAUGGAAAAGAGAGAGCUGAUAAGGAUCGCGACGAGCAUCAAAAGGUGAAAGAGCAACUCUACGAGUUCCAGAAAUUAAGACCCGGAGAUCCAAGCUUCUCCCCCACGCUGGAAGCGCUCUACAAAGACCUGAAACAGCACAUCAAAGAGGAGGAGGAACAGGACCUGGUAAAGCUGGAGGAUGCGCUGGGACUGACGCGGUCCAAAGAGCUCAGCCAGAAAUUCGAGAAGACGAAGAUGUUCACGCCGACACGGAGCCACCCCAGGGCACCCAACAAGCCCCCCUUCGAAACGGUCGUGGGCUUGAUGACCGCGCCGAUCGAUAAGAUCCGGGAUCUGUUCACCAAGUUCCCGGACAUGGAAUCCACGAAGCCGUACGGUGGUAAAUCGCCUUAGAUGACAACGUGCCGCCUCAUCUAUUUGAAUACACCGUCGUGUCGUCCUUUCGGCAAAUGGAUCUAUUUGCGACAAUACCAUUCUUCAGUCCCGCCGGUUUUUUUCGAGGCUUAUUAGUGAUACAUCUACCUACGAUAUCAAUGUCCUCGGGCUGUUUCUAAUAACGCCACCCGAGGUACUGAACUCAUCUUUAGUGGGAACGCUUUCGAGCUUAGCUUGCACAGAGUCUCUAAUGGAUUAUUAUAUUACUGAAAUAUAAAUUCGGGAAAUAAAUUUG